UUUGAGACAUAACAAUGAGUACAUCCGUGCCGCUUUCACAUGCUGUAUAGUAGGGAACUGUACGUCGAUUUGACUUUAUUCAGUCUGUAAAAGACACUGCAUUAAUUAAGAUAACUUCAGUCCCUUCGCAACUGCAGAGGAAUCGACUAUUACUGUUCAUUUAUUUGGUUAGUUGCUGGAAAAAAAAAACAAUGAAACUGAAAGAACUAGAAUCUUGCCUUCAGCAUGUGGAUGUUUUUGAGGACCCAAAGAUACUUCUUGAACAGUACCCUACGAGUCCCCACAUUGCAGCCCGUAUGCUGUACACUAUACACAACACGUUCGAUGACAUUGAGAACAAACUGGUAGCGGACCUGGGUUGCGGAUGUGGUAUCCUCAGCAUAGGAUCUGCAGUGCUAAAUGCCGGAUUGUGUGUUGGAUUUGAUAUUGACCAAGAGGCAUUGGGAAUAUUUAAAAAGAAUAUGGAGGAAUUCGAACUUACAAAUAUUGACAUGGUUCAGUCUGACGUCUGCUCCUUAGAACUGGAUUCUUACACCAAGAGAUAUGACACUGUUAUCAUGAACCCUCCUUUUGGUACUAAACACAACAAAGGUAUGGACAUGCAGUUCCUGAAAACAGCACUAAAUAUGGCACAAUCAUCAGUGUACUCUCUUCACAAAACUUCCACACGAGAGCAUGUGCAGAAGAAAGCAAAUGACUGGAAAGUAAAGAUGGAAGUAAUCGCAGAACUAAGAUAUGACUUGCCGGCAUCGUACAAGUUUCACAAAAAGAAAUCGGUUGACAUCGAAGUCGACUUUAUACGAUUCUGCGUAACGUAAAGCCAUCACAGGAAUGGACUCAAGACGCACUCCGUUCAUCGGCAUUUCGAAUAAAGGCUGAGAGGGACUCUGGUUUCAGUUCUCCGAGCCGUUUUCCGUCUUCCCUUGUUUUGCGGCAGGUGCCUCUGCAUCUCCCUCGUCAAGAGGCCUCUUCUUUGGGCUUUGAGGUGCAGCUAGAAGCAUCAGAAACAAUUAGCCAUAAGGCACAUCCAACCGUAUGACAAUGCAUGAGAAAUCAAGCUUGUUUUGUACGAAGUAUUGAGUAAAUAAAAUACAGAAGAGGAAGGCAACUGA